GGAACAGGGAGUGCGCAUUGCGCAUCCCAUCUGACCUUUUCCUCUUCUUCCGGUCUUCCCUCUUCUUCAUCCCCAAUCUCUGUGCAUUACAUCGUGAUCGAGCCCUGAAAACCUAAGCCCUUAGAGAAACUUGCCAGAACACAAGCAAUGCAACAGAAGAGCAGUUCGUCGUCGUCCUUGGGUCCCGGCGGCCUAGACAUCGCGCAGGCCCUCUUCAAGCCGCUGCAGAACGCUGCCCCGCCGUCGCCCAUCAGGCGUCACACCAAGAUCUCCGUCGUCGGCACCGGCAACGUCGGCAUGGCCAUCGCCCAGACCAUCCUCACACAGGACCUGGCCGACGAGAUCGCCCUCGUCGACGUCAACCCCGACAAGCUCCGCGGCGAGAUGCUCGACCUCCAGCACGCCGCCGCCUUCCUCCCCCGCACCACCAUCCUCGCCUCCGUCGACUACUCCAUCACUGCCUCCUCCGACCUCUGCAUCGUCACCGCAGGCGCCCGCCAGAAUCUGGGAGAGUCCAGGCUCAACCUGCUGCAGAGGAACGUUGUGCUUUUCUCCAACAUCAUCCCGCCGCUCGCGCAUCACUCCCCCGACGCGAUCUUGCUGAUCGUGUCCAAUCCCGUCGACGCGCUGACCUACGUUGCGUGGAAGCUCUCUGGGUUUCACCCGAACCGGGUUAUCGGGUCGGGCACCAACCUGGAUUCGUCUCGCUUCCGGUUCCUGAUCGCCGAUCAUCUAGACGUCAACGCUCAGGACGUGCAGGCAUACAUUGUUGGCGAGCACGGCGACAGCUCGGUGGCGCUAUGGUCGAGCAUCAGCGUGGGAGGAGUACCGGUGCUGAGCUUCCUGGAAAGACAGCAAAUCCCAGUUGAGAAAGAAACAUUGGAGCAAAUUCACAAGCAGGUGGUGGACGGCGCGUACGAAGUCAUUAGUCUGAAGGGCUACACGUCGUGGGCAAUCGGCUACUCGGUGGCCAGCCUCGCCCGGACCAUUCUCAGAGACCAGAGGAGGAUCCACCCAGUCUCCGUCCUCGCGAAAGGGUUCUACGGCAUCGAUGGAGAUGUGUUCCUGAGCCUGCCGGCGCAGCUGGGCCGCGGCGGGGUUUUGGCGGUGACUAACGUGCAUCUGACGGGGGAGGAGACGCAGAAGCUCAGGCACUCGGCGAAGACUAUAUUGGAGGUGCAGAGCCAGUUGGGUAUUUGAUUUGACUCGUGGAUUUCUGCUGGGUUCAUGUUUCCGCUGGGCGUGCUUUGGAUUUGGUUUCUUUUGAAGGCGGCCUGUGGAUCUUGGAAUUAUUGAACCAUUUUUGUAUGGGGUUUACGUUGUGGAAACUAACUGGUGGAUGUCAAGUAUUUAGCAUGGGGGAUGAUAAAAGCAAACAAAUUUCGUA